AUGGCUGCCAAGCGCGUUUGUCUGGCAUACUCUGGCGGUUUGGAUACUUCUGUUAUCCUGGCCUGGCUCAUUGAGAAGGGCUAUACUGUUGUUGGACAAAAUGAGGACUACGACGCAGUCAAAGCGAAGGCCGAGAAGAUCGGUGCCGAACGCAUGAUCAUCCAGGAUCUUCAGCAGGAGCUAGUGGAGGAACUUGUUUGGCCAGCGGUGCAAUGCAACGCGAUAUACGAAGACGCUUACCUCUUGGGGACGUCGUUGGCCAGGCCUGUCAUCGCGAGGGCGAUGAUGAAAGUGGCUAAGCAGUAUAACUGUGAAUUCUUGAGUCAUGGAUGUAAAGGGGUACGCUCUUCCCUCUCUGUAUAUCAUGUUCUGGAUGCUAACUUGCUUAGAAUGAACAGCGGGCGUCAAGCACUCUUGGACUUUGCUGAAUCAAAGGGCGUUCCUGUGACGUCGACUAAGCAGAAGCCGUUUUCGAUGGAUGCCAACCUUAUCCAUUGCUCUUACGAGGCAGGUCUACUCGAGCAACCCGAGCUCGAGCCGCCAGCCGACAUGUGGACAAUGACGGUGGAUCCCAUGAAGGCUCCUGACGAGCCAACCAGGUUCACUGUCCACUUCGAGAAGGGCAUCCCAAUCAAGCUUGAGGUCGGUGACAAGGCCGUCACUGGCUCACUGGACAUCUUCAAGGCCGCUAACGAAAUUGGCCGAGCUAAUGGAGUUGGUCGUGUCGACAUUGUCGAAUCAAGGUUCAUUGGUCUCAAGAGCCGUGGCUGUUACGACACUCCCGGCUUGACGAUCCUGCGCACCGCCCACCGAGAUCUCGAGGGCCUUGUCAUGGACUCCAAGGUCCGUGCCAUCCGUGACCAGAUGGUCACCUCAAACUGGACCGCCUGUCUCUACAAUGGCAUGUACUUCAGCCCAGAGCGAGAGUUUCUCCAUAACUCCAUCAUCUUCAGCCAGAGGCACGUCGAGGGCAAGGUCAAUAUGGUUGCCUAUAAAGGCAGCGCAUUCGUUGUCGGACGCUCCAGCGACACCUCUAACCUUUACUCCGAGACUGAGUCGUCCAUGGAUACACUCGAGGGCUUCUCCCCAAUGGACACGAGCGGCUUCAUUGCUAUUCAGGCUAUCCGUCUGGAGAAGUAUGGUGCCCGCAAGAUUAGGGACGGCGAGCCUCUUGCCCCUAUCUAA